CAAAUUCUCCCUCUCGUACUCCCACUUUCUGAUCUUACUCUUAUCUCUUCCCCCUCAAACACCCACCAAAGCUUUCGCCAAAUUUGACGUCUUUCACAAAACCCAUUAUCCAGAACGCAAUUCCACUGCAAUCCUUUUCCCAACUUUUGGAUCAAAGGAGUUUGUUUCACCGAUUCAGAACAUGGGUCACGUAAAUCUGCCGGCAUCAAAGCGAAACCCGCGGCAAUGGAAGCUGCUCGACAUAGUUUCAGCUGCAUUCUUUGGGUUGGUUCUGCUUUUCUUCCUGUUGGUGUUCACCCCUCUUGGAGAUUCUAUGGCUGCCUCCGGCAGGCAAGCGUUGCUGCUCUCCACGUCGGAUCCCAGGCAGCGUCAUCGGUUGGUGGCUCUGAUGGAGCUCGGCCACCAUCACCAACCCAUCGAGGCCUGCCCUGCAGAUUCUGUCGAUCACAUGCCGUGUGAGGAUCCCAGGAGAAACAGCCAGCUUAGUAGGGAGAUGAAUUAUUACAGAGAGAGGCACUGUCCGCCGCCUGACGAGAUGCCGCUCUGCUUGAUCCCUCCUACUCAAGGCUACAAGAUUCCUGUGCAGUGGCCUGAGAGCUUACACAAGAUAUGGCACUCCAACAUGCCACACAACAAAAUUGCAGACAGGAAAGGUCAUCAGGGAUGGAUGAAAGAGCAGGGACCCUACUUUAUCUUUCCUGGUGGUGGCACAAUGUUCCCUGAUGGAGCAGUAUCAUACAUUGAGAAACUUGGGCAGUAUAUCCCCAUUAGUCGUGGAACUCUAAGGACUGCCCUUGACAUGGGAUGUGGGGUUGCAAGUUUUGGGGGUUCUUUGUUGUCUGAAGACAUUUUGACCCUAUCAUUUGCUCCAAGAGAUUCACACAAAUCACAGAUACAAUUUGCCCUGGAAAGAGGGAUACCUGCUGUUGUUCUAAUGCUUGGCACUCUCAGACUUCCAUUUCCUGCAUUUUCAUUUGACAUAAUUCACUGUUCUCGGUGCUUAAUCCCUUUUACAGCCUACAAUGCAACUUAUUUCAUUGAAGUGGAUCGGCUACUUCGCCCUGGAGGGUACCUGGUCACCUCUGGGCCCCCUGUACAGUGGGCUAAACAAGAUAAGGAGUGGGCAGACCUCCAGGCUGUGGCAAGGAUAUUGUGCUAUGAGUUGAUUGCAGUGGAUGGAAACACUGCCAUUUGGAAGAAACCUGUUGGAGAUUCAUGCCUGCCCAACCAAAAUGAAUUUGGACUUGAAUUAUGUGAUGGAUCGGAUGACCCAAGCUAUGCAUGGUACUUUGAAUUAAAAAGAUGUGUGACUAGAAUGUCUUCUGUGAAGGGAGAAUGUGCUGUUGGAAAAAUCCCAAAGUGGCCAGAAAGGCUCAAAAAGGCUCCUUCAAGGACCUUGGUCCUGAAAAAUGGAAUAGAUUUGUUUGAAGCUGACUCAAAAAGGUGGGCAAGGAGAGUGGCUUAUUAUAAGAAUACUUUGAACUUGAAGCUUGGGACUCCAGCUAUACGCAACAUCAUGGACAUGAAUGCAUUGUUCGGGGGUUUUGCAGCAGCACUCAUAUCAGAUCCUGUGUGGGUGAUGAAUGUUGUUCCUGCCCAGAAGUCAUCAACCCUUGGAGUUAUUUAUGACAGAGGCCUUAUUGGAGUCUAUCAUGACUGGUGUGAACCCUUCUCAACCUAUCCCCGCACAUAUGACCUCAUCCACGUAGUUGGGAUCGAAUCACUAACAAAAAAUCCAGGUUUGAGCAAGAGCAGGUGUAAUCUUGUGGACUUAAUGGUAGAGAUGGAUCGCAUGCUGCGUCCAGAAGGAACAGUUGUGAUUCGUGAUUCUCCUGAAGUAAUUGACAAAGUAGGACACAUAGCUCAUGCAGUCAGGUGGACAGCUACCAUAUAUGAAAAGGAACCAGAAUCACAAGGUAGAGAGAAAAUCCUUGUUGCAACCAAAACCUUCUGGAAGUUAUCUUCAUCAUCCCACUGAGACAGCCAUUGUUCUUGAUAAUUUAGGUAUCUCUUUUCCUGUCAUUUCUUUCAUACUCUAAUUAAGCCAAGAUGUUUUCUCCAUGCAUCAAAAAUAGAUGCAAUCUCAAUUCUUGGUUCUGAGUUGGUUUAUUUAUAUCUAGAAACAGUAGGUUUAGAAUGUAAAAGAAAGCAUAAGAAUCAAAAUUGCAGUUCUAACUUUAUUUAUUUAUUUAUUUUUUCUGUUGAAUUCACAUACAAGUUGCAAUGAAAAUAACUGUUAGCAUGGAUUAUAUAACUCACCAGCAUUCAUCAUUGCUUGUCGUUGACAUCCUCUAGUAUCUAUUGAGGGACUGUGAUUUUAGUUAGAGUAGCCCUCAAACGUGCCAACUUCCAUGUUAUUGUGAUGGCUAGUGGUGCUCAUUUUUUCCAUUGUGUCUAGUAGAACAUAUCCAGGGAUGCUGGAUCUCAUAACAGACGCACUUGGGGCAAGUUAGUGCUUCGUAGAGGAAUAUGGUAACUAAGCCAAAUUGUCCUGACUUGCCUCCAAAACUUAUCCAAUAGCUUUUGCAUUCCAUUGUAUUUUCUUUUUGUUUCAGUUUUCUGCAGGUACAUGGUCUAUUUAUUGUCAUUAGUAUCAUUGGGCCACAAGAUUGGUGUCAGUCAUCAUUGUUGAUAGGUUCUUGCAAGGGAUGGUUGUCCCUUCUUUUGAUUGUUGCACGUAUAAACGUCCCAAAUUUAGAUUGAUAUUACAUAUUUGAAGCCCUUUGUCUCUACUUGGCUAUAAGAUGUACAUAAUCUUGAAAUAAGCUCCUCAGUUUUCCCGUUGCAUUUUGAUUUAAAUUGUGUGUCCUAUCUUUGCCUCCCCAUGUGCAUGUACACACGAAUGUUUUCUGCCAUUCCACAGAUGCUUUCUUGGUGCACAUCACAGAUUAAACAGGCCAUAGAUGA